UUGGACCCGAGAUCCGAAACGGCUCCUCUCUCUCAAAAUUUUUGAAAAUUUUCUCCGGGAGUCGUCGAUCAUGGCUCCAACACCACCGUGAAUCGGGGAGCGUAGCUUCUUCUCCCAGAUUUUCGGCAUUUAUUUGUCUAGAGUUCUGGUCGGGAAAUUUUGUUGUCGAUUCUCAGAUAUGGAAUUCACUGAAGCUUACAAGCAGACGGGUCCUUGCUGUUUCUCGCCUAACUCUCGUUACAUCGCCGUGGCCAAUGAUUAUCGUCUCGUGAUCAGGGACACGUUUUCAUUUCAGGUUGUGCAGUUGUUUUCUUGCUUAGAUAAGAUAAGCUACAUAGAAUGGGCCCUUGAUUCCGAGUACAUUCUCUGCGGCCUCUAUAAAAGACCGAUGAUUCAGGCCUGGUCAUUGGCACAGCCAGAAUGGAUGUGCAAGAUUGAUGAAGGUCCGGCAGGUAUCGCAUAUGCUAGGUGGAGCCCAGACAGCCGUCACAUUCUCACGACAUCAGAAUUUCAAUUGCGAUUAACGGUUUGGUCUCUCUUGAAUACGGCUUGUGUUCAUGUUCAAUGGCCAAAGCAUGGCUCGAAGGGGGUUGCAUUCACACGGGAUGGGAAAUUUGCUGCAGUCUGUAUACGGCGUGACUGCAAGGACUAUGUAAACCUUUUGUCCUGUCAAUCAUGGCAAAUAAUGGGUAGCUUCGCUGUUGACACCGUAGACUUAGCCGACCUUGAAUGGUCACCUGAUGAUAGUUCUAUCAUAGUGUGGGAUUCGCCUCUUGAGUACAAGGUUCUAAUCUACUCACCAGAUGGUCGAUGUUUAUUCAAGUACCAAGCAUAUGAAUGUGGACUGGGUGUGAAAACUGUUUCAUGGUCUCCAUGUGGUCAAUUUCUUGCCAUUGGAAGCUAUGAUCAGAUGUUGCGGAUUCUGAAUCACCUUACUUGGAAAACUUUUGCUGAGUUUGUGCACCUAUCUACAGUACGGGCACCUUGUCGUGCUGCCAUUUUCAAGGAAAUUGAUGAACCCUUACAGCUUGAUAUGUCGGAGUUAUCAUUGGACGACAACUUUAUGCCAAGCAAUUAUGACGGACCAGAAGGCCAUCUAAGUGUCAGGUACGAAGUCAUGGAGUUACCCUUAACCCUUCCCUUCCAGAAGCCUCCUGCUGACAAGCCUAACCCGAAACAAGGAAUCGGGAUUCUUGCUUGGAGCAAAGACAGUCAGUACAUCUGCACACGGAACGACAGCAUGCCAACCGCUCUAUGGAUAUGGGAUAUACACCGGCUCGAGGUCGCGGCCAUAUUGGUCCAGAAGGAACCCGUAAGAGCCGCUGCGUGGGACCCAAUAUGCACCCGUCUCGUAAUCUGCACUGGAAGCUCUCACCUUUACAUGUGGACUCCUUCGGGCUCAUACUGCGUAAGCAAUCCUCUCCCCGGAUUCUCCAUUUCCGAUGUCAAGUGGGAAAACCCUAAUUUCGAUGGAAGCUGUCUCCUCCUCAAAGACAAGGACUCCUUCUGUUGCGCUGCCGUUCCACCUCUGCCUGAGUCCAGCGACUACAGUUCCGACGGGUGAGGAUCUGAUUUAAGAUUUUUAAUGUUUUCUUGUAUCAGUUUGUUGUGUUGUCUGUUUUGGUUCUAGGAGUGUUAGAACUCUGACUAUUUUAACGAUUUUUAUGUAUAAAAAGCCUUUGCUGUUGAUAAUGGUCAUUUCGGUUCU